AUGGCGAACCCAAAGGUCUAUUUUGACAUUAGCAUCGGAGGUGAGUUAGAGGGUAGAAUCGUCAUUGAACUCUUCAACGACGUCGUUCCCAAAACCGCCGAAAAUUUCCGAGCACUAUGCACCGGCGAAAAAGGAAUCGGUCCCAACACCGGUGUCCCUCUCCAUUUCAAGGGUUCAUGUUUUCAUCGCGUCGUCAAAGGCUUUAUGAUUCAAGGCGGCGACAUUUCCGCUGGUGACGGAACCGGUGGUGAAUCCAUUUACGGUACGUAUUUCGAUGAUGAGAACUUUGACCUAAAACACGAGAGGAAAGGGAUUUUAUCUAUGGCAAAUACAGGUCCCAACACUAAUGGUUCUCAGUUCUUUAUUACCACUACUCGUACUCCUCAUUUGGAUGGAAAACAUGUGGUUUUUGGGAAGGUUGUUAAAGGAAUUGGCGUGGUUCGUUCUGUGGAGCUUGGUGUUACAGGAGAGAAUGAUCGUCCCGAGCAAGAUGUUGUUAUUGUUGAUUGUGGUGAGAUUGCGGAAGGAGAGGAUGAGGGGGUUAUUAACUUUUUUAAAGAUGGUGAUACUUUUGCUGAUUGGCCAGUUGAUCUUGAGACGAAACCGGAGGAGCUUGAGUGGUGGAUGAGUGCUGUUGAUUCUAUCAAAAGUUUUGGGAAUGAACAUUAUAAGAAACAAGAUUAUAAGAUGGCUAUCAAAAAGUAUCGCAAAGCUUUGCGCUAUUUGGACAUGUGUUGGGAGAAGGAUGGUGUUGACCAAGAGAAGAGCACUGCUUUAAGAAAGACAAAAUCUCAAAUCUUUACCAACAGUUCAGCCUGUAAAUUAAAAUUAGGUGACCUUAAUGGAGCUUUACUGGAUUCAGACUUUGCAAUGCAUGAUGGAGACAAUGCGAAGGCUCUGUUUCGCAAAGGCCAGGUGUAUAUGAUACUCAAUGACCUAGAUGCCGCUCUUGAAAGCUUCAAGAAAGCAUUAGAGUUGGAGCCAAAUGAUGGAGGGAUAAAAAGAGAGUAUGCAAUUGUCAGGAAGAAGGUUGCGGAUAGGCGUGAUCAAGAGAAAAAAGCUUAUUCUAAGAUGUUCAAUUAG